AUGUCAGAUUCGUCCGAUGUGACCGAAGUGGAUGAAUCCUGGAAGGUUAACCUUGAGAUCGCACUGCUAGAGGAUGCUGACAUUUUUCGAAUUCGGGAUAUUUGUGCCAUGCGUCCUGUCCCUGAAAAUCUACGCCCUGACGUUUGGCGCAUAUGUCUGAGGUUGGACACUCAGUCGCAAGCAAUGGCUACAUUUAACGAUGUUUUCGAAUUAGAAAAUCAGUCACAACUUCACGAAGAUUGUGAGUUGGCGUCUAAGGAGUUAUUUAAUCGUCUGACCAAAGAGCAUAGUCUUCAACAGUCGAAAAAUAUCUCUAAUCUAUCAGUAAACAGUGAUAAUGAUGAUUCAGAUUUAGAAGCGUCAUCCCUCAGUAUGUUCCUCCCAUCAGCUGCAAAGAUAUCUAGUGAUUUGGAAUCUGUUUUAACACAUUUCGCUCAGACUUAUUGUUUGAAAUAUAGUUCAAUCAACGGUUGGGUAUCAAUACUUAAAGUACUUUUUAUUGUCCUGAAACCGACCAAUCGGUCGGAACUGUAUGCGAGUUUUGUUUCAUUCUACCAUCGUUUCGUUGCUACGGGAGUAAAUAUUGAUCAAUGUGUAAGCAUAGUUUUCCGUUUGUUGUUGCAAUAUCAUGAACCAAAGUUGUGCAGCUUUUUGGAUUCAUUAAAAGUUAGUCCUGAAAGUUAUUUCAUACCUUGGAUGUCAAGUCUUUACGCUGAUUUUAUAUCAGAAGAUGUUAUACCAUCCCUAUGGGAUUUAUAUUUCUUGAAGUCGGAUCCUUUGCUUGGCUUCUAUAUUGGUUUACUACUUAUUGUUAAUGCCAAGUCCGUUCUUCUUAACCAACAGUUCGAUAAAACUGAAGAUAAUGAAAAUGAUUCAAAUACAAAUAAUUUACUUUCGUAUACCAAUGAUCAGACUUCUUUCGAAAAGGUUAGGAAUUUAAUAAUUAAUCUUCCUAAACCGAUGUGUGUUGGUGAUUUGACAAGUUUAGUUGAUAUUAUCGAAGUGUUCAUCAACAACACGCCGAUUUCUUUCCGAUCUCGAUACCUUCCUAUACUUUUUGGUAACGCUCAAAUUGAGUCAGAACGUUCAGUUUUAUUCGAUGCCUUAUGCAUGCCAAUUACUAUCCAAGAAGUCCUCGAUGCCCAAUCAAUGUGCCUACAAGAUUAUGGUCUUAAUAAUUCGUCUAUUACACUACCAGAUAACCCAUCUGACUCGACAAAUGAUCUUCGCUAUCUUCUUGUUGAUUGUCGUCCUGCAGAGCAAUAUAAUGCUGGUCACUUACCAACUGCUUUUUUCCUGGACUCAUCUUUGAUUAUGUCUGAACCCCUAAAAUUUCAAAAUGCCGUUAAGUUUUUAUUAUCAACUCAAGAACGGUCACUUGCUGCUGGUUCAUAUGCUGUUGGAAAGCAUAUCACAUUUUUAAGUACUGGGAGAAAAGACGAAGAUCAACUAGCUAAUAUGGUUGUAGCUGAGUUUCUCCGGCAAAACACACCAUAUGUCAGUUUGAUUGAAGGUGGUUAUACAGCUUUACAUGAAGUCUUAGGCACUUAUGAAGUUGGUAGGAGUUUAAUUGGUCAUGAACCUACAAUAUGUUUAGGAUGUAUUGGAGGAAAAAAUUUUGUACCUUCAUCAACUUCUGAUAGUAAAAUGGAGUCAUCAUGUUUAAUAAAUGAAAAAGCAAAAGUACAACCAGUUAAUUCUUCGAGUGUUGGUUUAUUCUCUAAAUUCUCAAAUGCAAUCUUUAAUACUGGCCGUAGUUUGGAUCAAGUACCAAAACUUUUGAAACUUUCAAGUGUAAGUUCGGUGCCACCAACGACAAUCAAAACUGAUACAACCCCUACAUACCAACCUGUUCAGAAUAAAGAAACAAAAAAACCCGUUGCUUACAGAAAUACAUCAUCUGUAUUCAGUAUUGAUGAUGACUAUGACGAAGAUGAUCUAUGUGAUGAUGAAGCUGAGACUAUUACAAACGGUCCCAAUCAUACAGAGAAAGAAGCAAAAAAUGCGACGUUAUCUGAACAGUCAACUUGGUUAAAACGUUUUGUUAAAUCAUCUACACAUGUUGCACCUGACAUGGAUGGGGAUUUCCCCCCUCGAAUUGAUGGUAUGGACAGCUGUGAAGUUGGCGAUUUAAUUGAUACUACCCGGUGGUCUAGACGGCCAGAAGUAAGAGGUGUAUUUAGUACCCGAUUUCUAAGGCCUAAUGGACAAUUAGGCGAUAGUGGUUUACUAGUUUUAGCAGAACGUCAUUUAAUUUUGUUGCGUCAUCCAACUCCUCGACUUCCUAACCAACUCAUUAACUCUCUUAGUUCUACUUUACAGUCUGUUUUUAACAAAAAGAAUCCAAAAUCAUCUGAAUAUUCGGCUAUUGAAAAACCAACUACAGAUCUCCCGAAAUAUGCUGUUGUUUAUCGAUCAAUUCCCUUAUCUAUGGUAGUGAAAAUCACGUCAAAUCGUCGUUUCCCGGAAUGUAUUACAUUUCACUACUGUCCACAUGACGAAGGUGAUAUGCUAAAACUAAACGAUCAGUCAUUAUUUAGUAUGAAAGAUCGAUUAUAUAUCAAUAAAGCAGGCGAAGCAGUGAAAAUGGUAAAAACUGCCAUCUUUACUACUGUUGCAUCAUUGGAAACGUAG